AUGUUCGCGCACCUGUGGAAAUGUUGGUCGGUCUUUCAUUCAGCUCUAAGUUAUCUUAUAUACGGCUCAUUGGGUUUCAUAUAUCGCCUAGUACCUCCGUUCAUCAAAAAUUCUUUGUCCACACCCGAAGAGCCUGACGAUCUUGAGCGAUGCGGACGCGAUACUCCAUCCAUCACGAAUAACAACAUUUUGAAAUCAAAUGAGGAGGAACAAUAUGCCUCAGUCGGAGAGGUAGCAAGUUUAGUUCCCUAUGAGCCCCUUUCCAAUGAGCCAUUGAGCCAAGGUUCCACCUCAUUGAUAACAAGAAUAAACCCGGGCGUCGUCGUCAAAUGCCCCCGGUUUUCGUGGUGGCAUUCUGAAACAGCGGAUUCCAACCCCUUUGUCAAGGACAUUAAGCGCAAUUUCGAGGUCGAAGAGCAACUUUUGGAUAUCUUAGGUGCACACCCUAGAAUAAUACGCUAUGUUGGUAUCUCAGAGGAACCUCAUGGAUUACUGUUUGGAGAAGCUACGGAUGGCAAUCUGCAAGCUUACAUCGAUCAACAUCAUGAUACUAUUGAUCUAUGUCUUCGGUUAAAAUGGUGUUGCCAGGCAGCGGAAGCCGUUCACUAUAUCCACCAAAAAGGCGUCAUUCAUUCCGACCUGCGGCCGGAAAAUUUCUUAUUACACUCUGACUCCAAAGGCAACCUCGAUCUUCUACUCUGUGAUUUUGGGGGCUCGACAUGUGGUGACAUCGACGGUGGACAUCUUCCCGACUCGGGCUUUUUUAAUCCCUGCAGACCAUGGGUGUCAACGGAGGCUGUAGAUAUAUUCAGCCUGGGGUCGAUUUUCUACACGAUAAUGACUGGCCAUUGGCCCUACAAGUCUCCAGGGCCAUUCAAAUCUGUGGCAGAGAAGAUCGAUUAUGAUGAACUGGUAGACACCCACUUUUCAUCCCAGGAUUAUCCUCCGGUAGAUAGUCUACCUGGUGGUGCCGUGAUACAAGGGUGUUGGACAGAACGAUACGAUAAUGUAGGAGCACUCAUUGGAGACCAAAUUUUGUCUUAUAGUGAGAUAGGAGCUUUUCGGUAUGCGCAUAGCCUUGAGGUUUGCAACGAGUGA